UUGGCUUCUUCCAGCAGAUGACCGCAAACUGAGGGUGGAUUGUUUUGGCAGAAUUUUCCAUCCCUGAUUUCUUGUGGCUCGGUUGUUGCAUAUCUCAACUGCGAUAUGGAAAGACUUUCUCCCGUGUUUGCUACUAGCAAGUCGUCCAAUAUGGAAGUAGAGCAUUGGAUGACUAGUUUGAAGGAGGUUGAAAAGGUUCUCGACUCAGUGGAACCAAAGUUGACUUCGUCUGGGACCAAGUGGAGAGUUGUUGCUCAACACAUCAAAGAUAUUUGUAGUGACCUUAAUCAAAUUUUCAAUAAGGAGGACCCACGAUAUGAAGUGGUUCAAGCAGGUGCCAGCGCCGCACACGACUUUGACGUCAGAUAUCUUGACAUACACAAGCAUGGUAGAGAAAUUGCCCGUUUAUUAGAGAAAAUACAAAAGUACCGCCAAGAAAUUGAAGAAAUUAAGAAAGAAUACAAAGAGACGGACAAAUAUAGAGAGAGAUAUGAUCAUUACAAAGUGAAACUGGAUAAUUUGGAAAAGAAAAAUAAGGACCAAGAACGAAUAGAGAGAAACCAACAAAAGUUCAAAGACGCAGAAGCAGCUUACAGUUCAGUUUGUGCUGAUCUUAUUCAGAAAAUGGAAACUGUUUGGAAAAAACACGUCUCCAUAUUUGCAGAAGCGGCAUCAGCUGUUUGGAGCACGCAGUUACAGUAUGCCAAAGCCUUGGAGGCUGCUGCUAAUCCGAUUGUUCCAUAUUUGCAACAAGAAGAACAAGAAGAGGAAGAAGAAGAAGAAGCAGCAAGCGGAACACAAGGACGAGUAGCGGAGAAAGCAUAUCACACGAAUGAGGAAAAGGUCGAAAAUUCUUUUCAGAAGAAUAGUGCUAUUCCACCAAGUUUCAGAACUGCUUCUGAACAACUGACGGAACAGAGCAAGAAUAUCAAUAAUGCAAAAAAUACGUCAGAAACAUCACCUGCUGAGGAUAUCGAGGCUUAAAUCUUAGGUUCUUUUAGUUGAUAAUAGUGCUCAAAGACAGCACUAUUAUGUUUCUUCUAUACACGUGAUUCUUAUGGUAUGUUGUCUUGUCUAGAAAUUCGAGGCAGUGUUUCAGGUGCACUAGUGCUUGAAAAGGAAAUAAAAUGUGAAUCUUCCUGGACUUGUAGGCGUGAAGACAUCAACUAGUCGUAUGUUUCUUCCAAGGGAGCGUUAUCCCAAAUUGUACGAAACUGAUGAAAUGUUGAUUGAAGAGGAGAUAUUCAGUUGGUUUCGAGUUUCCUGCAGUUGCAUUGUGAAAGCUUGUAUGUAGCAUGUCUUCGGAACUUUCUAAUAUCAUGAUGCAGAGAUAAUUCAAAGAGUCAUCCCAGAAUUUCGCUUCUUUAGAAAGAUAGGGAUACAUCUAUUGCUCAUCAUACAAGUUUCUGUCCACUUCAAAUUUCUGUCCGCUAAGAAAUAGUACAACAAAAUUAUUGUCUCGAAAAAAUCUGCAUUUUGACUGUUUAAAA